CCUGCCCUGCGCUGCCCGGGUCCCGCGGGCUGUUGGGUCCCAGACCCGGCCUGGCCGCGGGGCGGGCAUCGCCGUGGGAGCCGUCGGCGACCGGGAGCCCCGCAGGCGGGGGCCAGCAGCGCGGGCAGCCGAUGCCGGGACACCUGUGCGCCCAGUCUCAGGAGGCCCCUUUCUCCUGGACAUCGGAGCUAUGACCCUUUGGAGGUGAACAAGGAGAGAAGGGAUGCAGGCUUUUGGGCCUCCCAAUGAAGGGCCCUUCCAAGGACUGGUGGCCUCCCGUAUUGAGACUUAUGGGGGUCGGCAUUGGGCCUCCGCCCAGAGUACUCCUGGCAGCCUCUAUCCCCGAGGAGGCCCCGUGCUGGAUCCCAGCCGCCGACGCCUCCCGGGCUACGGCCCCUUUGCCAAGGGUUUCGUCCCAGCCAGAGGCCUGUCUCCCUUGAGGCUGCGAGAACCAGAGCCUGAGAAGAGGCAUGGAGGCCACUUUGGGGCUGGCCCCCCUCACUCCCCAAAGCUCAAGGAAGUCCCCAAGGCCCAUGAGCUGGAGAUGAGACUGCACACAUUCAGCAUGUUUGGGAUGCCCCGCCUGCCCCCAGAAGACCGGCGGCACUGGGAGAUCGGAGAGGGCAGCGACAGCGGCCUGGUCAUUGAGAAGUCCUGGAAGGAGCUGGUGCCUGGGCACAAGGAGAUGAGCCGGGAGCUUUGCCACCAGCAGGAAGCACUGUGGGAGCUGCUGACCACGGAGCUCAUCUACGUGCGGAAGCUCAAGAUCAUGACGGAUCUCCUAGCCGCCGGUUUGCUGAACUUGCAGCGAGUGGGUCUGCUGAUGGAAGUGUCAGCUGAGACCCUGUUUGGAAAUGUUCCCAGCCUGAUUCGAGCCCACCGGAGCUUUUGGGAAGAGGUGCUGGGGCCCACCCUCGGGGAGACCAGGGCCUCAGGCCAGCCUCUGGACCCUCUCAGCCUGCAAAAUGGCUUCCUGACGUUCAGCCAGCGCUUCCAGCCCUAUGUCCUGUACUGCCUGCGAGUGAAGCAGACCAUGGCCUACGCCCGGGAGCAACAGGAUAACAACCCUCUCUUCCACACCUUCGUGCAGUGGUGUGAGAAGCACAAGCGCUCGGGGAGGCAGAUGCUGGGGGACCUGCUCAUCAAGCCCCACCAGCGCAUCACCAAGUACCCGCUGCUGCUCCAAGCCGUGCUUAAGAGGAGCCCGGAGGCCCACGCCAGGGACGCCCUGAAGGCCAUGAUCGCGGCAGUGGAGUCGUUCCUCAGACACAUUAACAAGCAGGUGCGCCAGGACGAAGAGCAGGAGAGCUUGGUGGCUGCAGCCCAGCGCAUCGGGCCCUACGAGGUGCUGGAGCCAGCCAGCGAGGAGGUGGAGAAGAACCUGCGUCCAUACGCCACCCUGGACCUGAUGUCCCCCAUGCUGGGGGUUGGCCCUGAGCACACUCGGCAGCUGCUGCUUGAGGGGUUUGCGCGCAUGAAGGAGGGUCGAGAAGGGAAGCUGGACGUGUACCUGUUCCUCUUCUCUGAUGUGCUCUUGGUGACCAAGCCCCCUCGCAAGGCAGACAAAGCCAAGGUUAUCCGCCCACCCCUCAUGCUGGAGAAGCUGGUGUGCCAACCGCUCCGAGACCCUAGCAGCUUCCUGCUGAUCCACCUCACCGAAUUCCAGUGUGUCUCCAGCGCCCUCGUCGUGCACUGUCCCAGCGCUGCAGACCGCGCCCAGUGGUUGGAGAAGACCCAGCAAGCCCAGGUCGCCCUGCAAAAGCUGAAGGCAGAGGAGUACAUCCAACAGAAGAGGGAGCUCCUUGCCCUCUACAGGGACCGGGAGGAGUCCCCAAGCACCAGGCCCUCCACGCCUUCCCUAGAGGGCUCUCAGAGCAGCGCAGAGGGGCGGACUCCUGAGUCCUCCACAGUCAUCCCCCACCUGGUGGUGACAGAAGACAUAGAUGAAGAUGCCCCCUCAGUCCCAGAUGACACCUCGGACUCUGGCUAUGGCACUCUGGUCCCAGGCUCUCCCAAGGGGGCCCACUCCCCGCUGAGCCGUCUACGCUCGAGGGCCUUUCGGCGGGACCCUCGCCUCACCUUCUCCACCCUGGACCUUCGAGCUGUUCCUUUGCGUCCCCAGCCUCCUGACCCCCAAGCUCCCCAACGCCGAAGUGCCCCUGAACUGCCAGGGGAAGGAAUCUGGAAAGGAGGCAGUCUGCCCAGGGUAGACCUACCGGCCUGGUCUGAGGAAGAAGACAGGACACCAACGGGAGGGGAUUUGGUGGUGGACACUUUACACAGGGCCCGACUUCGGGGGCAGCGUCCCCCAUCCCCAACCCACGCCGACUCUGCCGGAGAAAGCCCCUGGGAAUCCUCAGGGGACGAGGAAGAGGGACCCCUAGCCUGGGAACCUCCCAGCUACACGCCCUCCCCACACCCGCUCCGGGCUGAGGACAUGCUCCGAGAGAUCCGGGAGGAACUGGCCAGCCAGAGGAUUGAGGGCAUCCCCGAGCCUGCGGACAGCAGGCCUCGGAAACUGACUCGGGCCCAACUGCAGAGGAUGCGUGGGCCUCGCAUCAUACACCUGGACACGCCCCUGUCCACGUCAGAGGUGUGAGGAACACACAGGCGCCUCAGCAUUUCUCCCGAAGGAAAUCUCUCCCUAGGUGUGCUGGUCACCACCUCGACCCCUGGAUUCUACCUCAAGGACACGUCCCCAGGCACCCUGGCCUUCCUGCUCUGAGGACUUUGGAGAUCAAGAGCUGUACAUUUAUGUAUCAUAGACACACUGGAACCCCCACAUAAAGUUGUAUGUAAAAAGGA